GGUGAGACCCGAUGCGGGCGGGGUGAGGCGCGACCGAGAUAAGGGAGGUGGUGUAGUGCUUUGCAGAACCUCUGCGUGGCCCUUCAUCUGCUACUGUAGAGAGGAGACCGACGUCCUACCUAACAGCUGUAGUCUUUUGACGAACACUUCACUCCUGUCUCCGGCAUUAAAGGGGAAACCGAAGCCCGAGUGGGCUCGGCUAGCUCCUGCAGCUCGCGUGGCUACUGCAGCGGUGGCAGGUGCUUUACAUAUGUUCUCAUUGUACUUCUCUCAACAAUUCCGUGAUUUAUGUUAGAUUAUUCGUCUCAUUUUCCAGAGGUAGAAAGAUUGUUGCAUCGACUCACUGAAGCACUAAGCCUCUCUCUUUUAAACUUCAUCAACAAAUGAAGCAAUGAUAUCUGAGAACAGAAGAACAUUUGCCAACUAACUGUCAUCACAAUUUCAAGUGAUUGUAAAAGCAAAAACAAGCUGCAACAGACCUUGUAUAGUAGAGAGAGAAUGGUUUAUUUAAAAGCAAUUGUAGUAUAGUGCUUUAUAAUCUAUAUCAAAUGAAAUAAAAAUGAGUGAAGCCCCCAGGUUCUUUGUUGGGCCUGAAGAUACAGAAAUAAAUUCAGGAAAUUAUCGACAUUUCUUCCACCAUGCAGAUGAAGACGAGGAGGAAGAGGAUGAGUCUGUAAGUUGUUUGCCACCGGAAAGACAGAUUGUGGUUGGAAUAUGUUCCAUGGCAAAGAAAUCCAAAUCCAAACCAAUGAAGGAAAUUCUUGAACGGAUCUCCUUAUUUAAAUAUAUCACAGUAGUAGUAUUUGAAGAAGAUGUUAUUUUGAAUGAACCAGUAGAAAACUGGCCUUUAUGUGAUUGUCUUAUUUCUUUCCAUUCUAAAGGAUUUCCACUGGACAAAGCAGUUGCCUAUGCAAAACUCAGGAAUCCAUUUGUAAUCAAUGACUUGAAUAUGCAGUAUCUCAUACAAGAUAGGAGAGAAGUAUACAGUAUUCUUCAGGCUGAAGGUAUUUUACUUCCACGUUACGCAAUUUUGAACCGUGACCCAAAUAAUCCCAAAGAGUGCAAUCUGAUUGAAGGUGAAGAUCAUGUAGAAGUCAAUGGUGAAGUUUUUCAAAAGCCAUUUGUAGAAAAGCCAGUCAGUGCAGAGGAUCAUAAUGUUUACAUUUACUACCCAACAUCUGCUGGUGGUGGAAGUCAAAGACUUUUUCGGAAGAUUGGCAGUAGGAGUAGUGUUUAUUCCCCAGAAAGCAAUGUACGAAAAACAGGCUCAUAUAUAUAUGAAGAGUUUAUGCCCACAGAUGGUACUGAUGUAAAGGUUUAUACAGUGGGUCCAGAUUAUGCUCAUGCUGAGGCUCGGAAAUCUCCAGCCCUCGAUGGCAAGGUGGAACGAGAUAGUGAGGGAAAAGAAGUUAGAUACCCUGUUAUUCUGAAUGCACGCGAGAAAUUAAUUGCUUGGAAAGUCUGCCUUGCUUUUAAGCAAACAGUUUGUGGUUUUGAUUUGUUACGGGCCAAUGGACAGUCCUAUGUCUGUGAUGUCAAUGGCUUCAGUUUUGUGAAAAAUUCCAUGAAGUAUUAUGAUGAUUGUGCAAAAAUACUUGGCAAUAUUGUAAUGCGAGAGCUUGCUCCACAAUUUCAUAUCCCCUGGUCAAUACCCUUAGAAGCUGAAGAUAUCCCAAUUGUACCAACUACAUCUGGAACUAUGAUGGAACUCAGAUGUGUCAUAGCUGUAAUACGUCAUGGGGAUCGAACACCAAAACAAAAAAUGAAAAUGGAAGUGAGGCAUCAAAAAUUUUUCGAUCUUUUUGAAAAGUGUGAUGGAUAUAAAUCUGGGAAAUUAAAACUCAAAAAGCCAAAACAAUUACAGGAAGUGCUGGACAUUGCCCGACAACUUCUUAUGGAGCUGGGGCAAAAUAAUGAUUCUGAAAUUGAAGAAAACAAGUCAAAACUUGAACAACUUAAGACCGUAUUAGAAAUGUAUGGCCAUUUUUCUGGAAUAAAUCGUAAAGUCCAACUAACUUAUCUCCCUCAUGGUUGUCCUAAAACAUCUAGUGAAGAGGAAGACAGCCGAAGAGAAGAACCAUCCUUACUUUUGGUUCUAAAAUGGGGAGGAGAACUAACUCCUGCAGGCAGGGUCCAGGCCGAAGAACUUGGAAGAGCUUUCAGGUGUAUGUAUCCUGGAGGUCAAGGAGAUUAUGCAGGAUUUCCUGGUUGUGGUUUACUUAGAUUACAUAGUACCUACCGACAUGACCUCAAAAUAUAUGCCUCUGAUGAAGGACGAGUCCAGAUGACUGCAGCUGCUUUUGCAAAGGGGCUCUUAGCCCUAGAAGGAGAGCUUACACCCAUUCUUGUUCAGAUGGUAAAAAGUGCGAAUAUGAAUGGUCUUUUGGAUAGUGAUAGUGACUCUUUGAGCAGUUGCCAGCAACGUGUGAAAGCAAGACUUCAUGAAAUACUUCAGAAAGAUAGAGAUUUUACGGCUGAAGAUUAUGAAAAGCUUACUCCAUCUGGGAGCAUUUCUCUUAUCAAAUCAAUGCAUUUAAUUAAAAAUCCUGUGAAGACCUGUGACAAAGUUUAUUCCUUGAUUCAAAGUUUGACUUCUCAGAUCAGACAUCGAAUGGAAGAUCCCAAAUCAUCAGAUAUUCAACUUUACCAUAGUGAAACAUUAGAGCUUAUGCUACGUAGAUGGUCCAAGUUGGAAAAAGACUUUAAAACAAAGAAUGGAAGAUACGACAUUAGUAAAAUCCCUGACAUAUAUGACUGUAUAAAAUAUGAUGUUCAGCAUAAUGGUUCCUUGAAAUUAGAAAAUACAAUGGAAUUAUACAGGCUUUCAAAGGCAUUAGCAGAUAUUGUUAUCCCUCAGGAAUAUGGUAUAACUAAAGCUGAAAAACUGGAGAUUGCCAAAGGCUACUGUACUCCUCUAGUUAGAAAAAUUCGCUCAGACCUUCAGAGGACACAAGAUGAUGACACUGUAAAUAAACUCCACCCUGUGUAUUCCAGAGGUGUUCUGUCUCCUGAACGUCAUGUCCGUACCAGGUUAUAUUUUACCAGUGAAAGUCAUGUACAUUCUUUACUAUCUAUUCUUCGCUAUGGUGCCUUAUGCAAUGAAUCGAAGGAUGAACAGUGGAAACGGGCUAUGGAUUACUUAAAUGUUGUCAAUGAACUCAAUUAUAUGACUCAGAUUGUUAUCAUGCUUUAUGAGGAUCCUAACAAGGAUCUUUCCUCAGAGGAACGCUUUCAUGUUGAAUUACAUUUUAGUCCUGGAGCUAAAGGAUGCGAAGAAGACAAAAAUUUACCAUCAGGCUAUGGAUAUAGACCAGCUUCAAGAGAGAAUGAAGGCAGGAGAUCUUUUAAAAUUGAUAAUGAUGAGGAACCACAUACUUCUAAAAAAGAUGAGGUUGAUCGUGCUGUGAUACUGUUCAAACCAAUGGUAUCAGAGCCAAUUCAUAUACACAGGAAGUCUCCACUUCCAAGAUCUAGGAAGAUGGCUACAAAUGAAGAAGAGAGCCCCCUGAGUGUGUCUAGCCCAGAGGGUACUGGUACCUGGCUGCAUUAUACCAGUGGUGUGGGUACUGGGCGUCGAAGACGCAGAUCAGGGGAACAAAUCACUUCUUCCCCUGUCUCCCCCAAAUCAUUGGCUUUCACAUCCAGUAUUUUUGGCUCAUGGCAACAGGUUGUAUCUGAAAAUGCUAAUUAUCUGCGAACACCAAGAACUCUUGUGGAACAGAAGCAGAACCCUACUGUAGGGUCUCACUGUGCGGGCCUGUUUAGCACCUCGGUGCUCGGGGGUUCUUCAAGCGCACCUAACCUACAGGAUUAUGCUCGUACUCAUCGUAAAAAGCUGACUUCUUCUGGCUGCAUAGAUGACGCCACACGCGGUUCUGCUGUUAAAAGGUUUUCUAUCUCAUUUGCUCGACACCCAACCAAUGAACACCUACACCUCUAUAGGUGCUGGUCCGUUUCCUCUGUGGAAUGUCUAGGCUCCAGUGGCUUUGAAUUGUAUUCCAUGGUGCCAUCUAUUUGUCCUCUAGAAACUCUUCACAAUGCCCUGUCUUUAAAGCAGGUGGAUGAAUUUCUUGCUUCCAUUGCUUCUCCAUCAAGUGAAGUUCCACGGAAGACCCCUGAAAUUUCCUCUUCAGCUUCACGUUCCAGUCCAGUAAUGAGAAGAAAAAUAUCUUUAAAUACGUAUACACCUGCAAAAAUCCUCCCAACACCACCAGCUACCUUAAAGAAUACGAAAGCAAGCAGCAAGCCAGCUACCAGCGGACCUUCUAAUGCCGUUGUUCCUAAUACCUCAUCUCGAAAAAAGACUAUAGCUAGCAAAACAGAAAUGCAUGAACACAAAAAAACCACUGGGAAAAAGAAAUGAAAUCUUAGCGGAAGCUGGAGCUCCAUAUAUUUAUAAAAAUCACGUUGUUCGAUAGAAAAAGACACGUAAUAAACCUUGACUGAAAAUUGUCAAAGCAAGUAAUUGAUGUUUCUCCUUAUACACCUCUGUAUUCAUUUUAAAAUAUGUUAAACCUAGAGAAUUCUUUGUAUAUAUUCAGGUAAGGACUUUUUCUCAUGAUCUUGAAAUGUUUAAAACAAUGUUUAUUAACAUUUUAGCAAAACUUACGGUGAUGAAGGUCUGUCAUUCUUAAUAUUAUGUUUGCUAUGUGCCCUCUGUAAAGAAAACGACAGGAGACCUCAGCUAGCCUGUCCCAGUGUCUCACCAGUAAUGCUGUUUACUCAAGAAUCUGUGAGGUGACCUCUAUACAUACUUUCAUUUUCACGGGAUUGUAUGUCAGCUAUAAAAACCUAUAGCUUGAGUUGGAAUUUGACAGCCAGGAUUACAUAUUACAGAUUUUUAAAGUAUAUUUCCAAAGAGAUUUCACUGACCAUUUGGAUUGAAACUUUUUUCCUCCAAUUGUUAGAAUUACAUAUAUGCUGCAAUAUUUAAUAACUGGAGUACUAGCAUAUGGGUUAUUUUUCCAAUAUGUGCUUUGAGGUUUUUUUUUUUUUUAUUGUGUAUUAUUUAAAAUAUUACAUAUACAGCUGGGGUGACUACACCUUUAUGUGCAUAAAUUUCUAUAUUAAUUUGUAGAAAAUACUUGCUUUAUAUAUUUCCUUAUCAUAAGGUGCUUUUGCUCAUCAGGAAAAUACUGCUUUAUGUAUCGGGAAGAAAGACAUCUUUAGAAUUUCUUUUUAAGAGACAUAGUUGAUAAGUUUAUAAAUGUUAACACUUAUUUUCAGAGUUCUUUUUAGAUCUAAGGAAACCAGUUCAAAAAUGGAUAUCAGCAGUGUGAGGAGAAUGUCUCAAUUCUGUAGUUAGGAGAUAUUAUGCAUAACACCUCUUUUUAGCAUUUCCAUUCUUAUCUCUAGUGUAUCAGUUGAUCUCACUAAGAAAGCUUAAAGAUUGAACAUUGGAUAUAAAUGCUCUUUUCAAACUAUUAGAUUUUGAAAGGAAAUUGAGAUCAUUGUUUUGUGAUUUCAUCUGUGAUGUGAAAAAAUAAUUUAUUGUAUUGGUGCUUUUUUAUCCCCUAGUGCACAAAUAAUUAUAAGCCACUUGAAUGACUUAAACUGUAAACCAAACAAUACAACCUGGUAAGAAUUCCAUGCAUUGCCAGUCAGGUAACAAGUUGCUAAAGCUUUACUCUGAAGCUUAUAUUUAGGAUAUUAUUGAAUUCUCAUACGAACACAACUAUUAAAACUCUUCAGGAGGCUCUCAUAACUUUAAAUCAUCACCUAUGAAUUGACAUUUAGAAAAUAAACAUAUUAAGUGUUAGUUUUAAAAGGUACCAGAUGCAAAAGUCACAAAUAUAUACAAUUAUAUAAGUUCAUAUACUUCACGUGAAUGUACUUGUAUUAUAUGGAGACAUGUCUUGUAAACAGUUGAAUGUACCUAAACUUUCUGUAUGUGAAAAUGUUAAUGUGCUCAGUGUGGGAGUAAGAAGCUACUUUUAUUUUUUAAGUGGAACUUAAUUAAAAUAUUUUAUUUCCAGAA